UAAAAGGCACGAAGGGCACAGACGGCCUCGGUGAGAUAUCUAUACCUGGAUCGAGACGGUAGGCCAGAUCAGGAGGUGUAUGCGCAAGGGUAGUUUGAAAGAUCUUAAGAUUGAGAUAAAGCAUGGGCGUCGCCAAGAUGCGCUUCAGUUGCUCCUCGUUGUCUCAUAUGCAGGUACCCUCAACUUACCGAUCAGAAGGGUCAAGCACGAGGCAGAGGUUGAUUGGAGGAUCACUAUGUAUAAAUUCAACCUGCCCCGUUCAGAUAUCUAGUGCUAGUGACGGUGGGUGUGAUGAUCUCGAAGGAC